CACCGCUGCGCUGCACUGCACUAGCACUGCGCGCUAUAUAGCGCCAGCGCUACAUCAGCGCUCAGCAUACGAGCACACGACCGCUACAUAUAAAUGGUCAUUGAUUGCAGUUCACACAAGAAGAUGCCUCCCCAGCGCUCUCGCGUUUCACUUCGCCUGGACAUGAACGUUGUCUCGACCAUGUUGACUAACCUUAUCUUGACAAUCACAUUCAUCUCAUCAGCUUUCAUCCAGUCCUCAGCUGAAGAUGGAGUUCCUACCUACUCUUUGUUGGAGAAUCUUGCACAUACCAACCUAUAUUCUGUCAAGUAUGAUGAGGCAGCUGCAAUGCACGGGCAUUCCUCCAGAUACAAGCGACAAUCUUCACAGGACACAACUACUCCUCAUUCAAUGAUUAUAGAUGAGAAAGGAAGUCAUCAAUACUACAAUUCAUCAUACUUUUCUGAAGACACCAAGCACUACAUUGAUUUAGAAACAGAAGAAUCCUUUACUGUGAUUCCACACUGGAAACUGUCUGAAAGCCACCUAACUGCAGCGGUGGUAACACUGCCUUUCACGUUUAUGUUCUAUGGCCACAAUGUGACAAAAGCCUACAUAGCAACCGGAGGUUUUGUAUACCUUGGCACAGUUUUUCAUGAGUUGAUAGCAGCAACGCAAUAUGUAGCUCCAUUGAUGGGUAACUUUGAUCCUAGUAUCAAUGAUUCUGCUAUCAUAAGAUAUGCCGAUAAUGGCACGGCAUUUACAGUGGAAUGGAAUGGUGUUCAUGUGCAACAUAAUAUUGAAGCUGGAAGCUUUACUUUUCAAACCACCCUCAUGAAAGACGGUCGCAUAAUAUUCGCCUAUAGACGUAUCCCUACUUCUCCACUUGCUAUUGGUGGUGGUAACGGCCACAAAGUAACUGUUGGUGUUUCCGAUGGAUUCUAUGUUGAAGAUACAUCAAAGCUUGUGCGUUACAUCUACCGCUACCAUACCAUAGAACUUGCCAAAGAGCUAGUGAUAGACAACAGUGCCUUUGUCUUGACACCACUACGAACUUGCAAUCAGCAGAGUGGAUCCUGUGAAAUGUGUUUGGGCGAGCAGUUAGCUGGCUUUGACUGUGGUUGGUGCAGUGCCUUGACUAGGUGUUCUUCAGGCUUUGAUCGUAACAGACAGGAAUGGACGGAGGCUGAAUGUGAGACUGAGAAACACACUGAUGUUGCUCACUGCUCUACAGGUGUUUCUGCCGGAUUAGUGAUAGGUAUUAUCAUUGUAGUCCUGGUAGUGAUUUUCAUUGUUGGAUUUAUAUCAUGGAUUGCCUACAGCUACACUCACCCAACCUCCAGAUCUGGACUUGCACUGAUUGAAGUUCGUCAUUUUUUCAAGAAAGAUUCCACCCGCAAUGUCACUGAUGAAGAUCGUUAUGCAGUGACCAUCAGUGGAGACAUCCAAGGUAACGCUGAGGCUAAUGGUGGUGCAGCAGACAAGCUGGGCAAUGAAUCACUAGCUGAUGGAUCAACUGGAAUAGUGGAGAGCAAUGCAUCUGUCACUGCACAGGCCUAGAUUAAUGGGAAACUUCACCUAGAAAUCACUAAUGGGCUAAGCCAAGGAUGCAUUCACUCAAACCAUAGCCUAAGAAGAAGUAAUACUUACUGGAAAUUGAGCUUAUAAUGAAUGUGAUUCCUUGCAUGCUGCAAAUUCAAUCAAUCAGUUUGCCUGUCCUUGUUGAAAUUCGUGUCUUAAAAUGAUUUUUUUCUGUUUAAAAUUCUAGUUUCUAGGCAUGUUAUUGCAAGCGUUGGUUUCUUAUGACAUGGCGCCAUCUAAAUGACUGAUUUGUCCGACUGAAUUGAUUUGAAAAUCCAUGUCCUUCAACGUUUUAGGCCCAGAAAUUUAAUGCAGAUGCACAUGUACAUGUUUAUUUUCCCUUCAAAGUGAACCAAUUUUCAUUGUCUUGUAUGCAUCGCACAUAUUGUAAUAUCAACACAUAGAUAUUUGCCUUUAUCAUUGUUCAAAUAUUGAAGUGUCUAUUUAGUUAAUGUUAUGAGCACAUCAUACAAUACAUACUGUUCAUUAUGAACCUAUCACCCCAUCAAUAUAAAACACUCCUAAUCAUUGGUAUUCUGAAAAAUGAAAUCUGGUAUAUAUUAAGAAACGUACAUUCCAAAACACAUGCUUUUCAGUCAACGUGCAAAAUGCCUCGUAUAUAUAGCCAAAUUUAUUAGAUUUAAGCUAACCUUUAUUUUUUUAACUCACAUUGGAAAUUGUAUUCAUGUAUGUAACAUAGAAUGUUUGAAACUUUUAGCGUAAGUUGCAGUUGUGACAUUUGUACUAAUACUAACCAGCUCCUUAGCUUGUGAAUUCAGUGAGGAUCACCAGAUGUUUGUUGUAAAGUUUGCAAAAGUUUGUAUUCAUGUAGUACAGAUAUCGUGACUUCUAUGAAUGGUUUACAUUUACUGAUCUCCAAACCAAAGCAGUUGACAUGUUUUAUAACACGUGUCAUGGAUCUUGCACUGAUAUCUGAGAUAUCUGAUAACAUAUUAAGUAUUUUUUAUUACAAAUUGAAAAUAUGCAAUUGGCAGUUUUGUAAAAUUAGCCUCUUUGCAGACAAUUAAUUUGUUUAAAGAGAUUUUUUCCAGCAGUACGCAGAUUUCAUUGUAGCCUCUAAUUAAGCUUCGUAUUGAAGAUGACAAACUCUGGAGCUGCAUACAGAAGAACAUAGUUAUGAAAGAGGAGAAUGUGUCUUUUUAAUAUCGUUUUCCUGCAAUUAAAUCAGUUUCAAGAGUUUGUCUCUUUGUACCAAGUUUUGAAAUCUGAAAGAUUUGCUCAUGAAAGUACAUGUAGAGCUUGCAUUGGCUUGCAAUCACAAGCACUGAUGAAGCAAUGUUGUUGACUUUGGUUUUGACUUGCACUGGGAAAUACCAAGCCAAUCUAUAUUUACAUUAUUUGAAAAAUAUGGGUGGCUUUUAAAAAUGUUGACAUCACUGUGUGCAAUAAGGGGCAAAAAUGAGAAAGAAUCUUGCUGCCUGUUUGCAACAGACAAGCAUGACAUCACAGAUAACUUGAUCCAUUGUGCAAACGUUGUGCAAAACUCGGGCAUGUAUUCCAGUGCCUACCUUACCAUCUUUGUGUGGACCUGAAAUCAAAACAGGUCCACACGAUGCAGGUUGUGUGAACCUUCUGUGGACUAAGCCAGGCCCACACUAGGUUUCCCCUUCUCUGGAAAACUGGCUGAGAGGCAUUUUGGGGUUAGGGUCAUGUGUUGAAAAAUGAAGAGGAACACUCAAGAAAAUCGCCUGCAUACCCAAGAUUUCUGUUGUUUAUUCACUAUUUAAAGCAAAUAUUUUUGAAUCGAGCAUAGUCUUUGUUGUGCUCGCUGUUAGUCUCUGUGAUAUGGACAUGCAUGAGCCCAGAUAAACGGGGAAAAGAAUGUUUGCUAAAACACACCAUUAAGAUGUCAGCAAUGUUACAAACCUAGUUGCAGACUAUAACACACAUGCACCAAUUAUCAGGUGCAGAUAAAAGUGCAAUCGGUUUCAUUCAGAGAAUGAUUUGGUAACGCACAGUUUUCUGUCUCUUCAUCAUUGACUUGUUGACUUUAUGUUGUAUAAGCAUGAUCAAACUGCCCUGUACUUACUCAUUUAUAUGAAUAUGUUUCUGGACAGGAUCAGCCUUUCUCUCAGAGUUGUAGUCGCAAAUUAUCACAAGUCAAUUGCAAGUCAUGUUUUGUCUCUACAGGGUGACCCAAAAAAAUGCAACCCUUAAACAUUUCCCUUAAAAAAAAAAGAAUCAGUGGAUUUUUAUGUCCCUUAAAUCCCUUACUGUGGUAAUGUAUUGUGUACAGGAUGAAAAAUGACUUUUACAUAAUUGGCAUUUUCUCAGCAACCCAAAGUGCUAUUUUCAUGAUUUUUUCAGUGUUUGAAAGAAAAAGCUCUCAGCUUUAAUCUGAUACCAAAAACAUAAAACUCCACCAAUCCCCUUUUUAAAGGCAAAUGUUUCAGGAUUGCAUGUUUUUGGGGGUCACCCGGUAGUGAAAACAUUGUUUAUCCCCGCUUUAACAGUUACCUGUUCUUAUACGAGUUGAUUGACACCAUUCUGCUUUCUGUACCUGCAGACUUGAAUUAUGCAAAAAGUUAUCAAUAAUUGAUAUACUCUCAUUGUGUCAGUGUAAAUACGAAUGAAUGAAAUUAACAUGUUUUUGUAAAAUCAAAUUUGUAGGAUUGUUAUUAAUCGUUUACGUGAGAAUUAGUCAAAUGGAAAUUGUAUUUGUAUAAAUUGAAAGAUUCAGUGGAAUAUUAUGUAUAUUUUGGAAGUUUGUUAUCUAGUACAGUACAUUGCAUUGUAAAGAUAUCAUUAAGAUAUGUAUGUGCAAAUAAAAAAUGCAUCCAGUGUAUUUCAUUUGGCAUGCUUACAAUUAUGUUUACCAGGCAUUUUUGAAAAGGAAAUAUGUAUACUCUCAAUAGUUUGUCCUCAAAUAUCCUCUAAUAGUUUGCUUAUUUUACUGUUCUCAAUACAAAAGGAAGACUGCCUUAAUAUUGCAAACUGCAAAACUGAGAACAUGCAUAGAACCUCUGAUUUUAUGUAGAAUGGAAUUAAAGGGGCACAUUGCUGAAAUGUUUUAGGUUAA